GCUGCGAAAGUCAGUGGAGAUUGUCAGUCUCUUUCUUCGUGAUUGUUUUUAAUCGGUGACACAGAAUACUUGGAAAUUUCGUAGAUUUCUCAGGUCCUACAUUAUUAAUUUGACUGAGGAAGUGUACAGGAGCGGAUUGGCAUCAUGUGUGGUGGAUUCACAUGCUCGAAGAACUCCCUGAUAGCCCUCAAUGUGUUGUACAUUGUGGUGGGAUUCCUUCUGAUUGGCGUGGGUGUUUAUGGUCGGGCUGCAUCCAUUGUGACAAAUCUCCCGAUAGUCGGCGGCAUUCUGGCCUGUGGCAUCAUCCUGCUGCUGAUCUCAGUCCUUGGGCUCGUGGGCACGGUGAAGCACAACCAAGUGAUGCUCUUCUUUUACAUGAUUAUUCUGUUCCUGCUGUUCCUCGUGCAAUUCUCCAUUGCGUGCUCGUGUCUCGCUGUGAACUCCAAUCAGCAGAAGCAAUUGGCCGAGCAGGGAUGGAGCCGGGUGACGGAUUCGAUAAAGGAGGAGGUCCAGGAGACAUUCACCUGCUGCGGAUUCAAUUCCACCGCCACGGCAGACCAUUUGGCCUGUGAUAAAAUUACACCAAUCUGCUGCCCUGCGCCAGCCUCUCCUGACUGUGCAUGCCCACCCUGUCUCUUCAAGCUGGAGGAGACCAUAAACAAGGCUUUCAAAAUGUGCGGCGAACUUGGACUUGUCUUCAGCUUUACAGAGGUAUUGGCAGUGUUCCUAACGUGGCGCUACCGUAAUCAGCACAAUCCAGAUGAUUUACCGGCGAGAGCUGUUUUCCCGCAGCGGAAUUAUCAAUACUAAAGCAUCACCUUCUUAGUGAAAUAACUUCAAUGGGCAAAGAAUUGUAGAUAAAUAGUUUUACGUACUACAGUGAGGAAAAUAGAUAAUCUCUCAAACACGUCUAGUCGCAAAAAGAGACAUUACGCACUCAUAAUUCACAACAUAUCCCGUUGAAGUGAAAGAAUCACAGAAUGUAUAAAAAAAAAACAAAUCACCGACUGAUAAGACCUAUGAUAAUUUGCGUUUCUCUUGAAAAGGCAUAUUUUACACUCUAAUAGACGAUAGUAUAGAUUUACGUAAAAUCUCUUCGUCACGUUUACUUCUGUGGUAAUCUUCUUUGAUUCGGUUCUCAUCCAGAUAUUGUAGAAUAUUUUCAGAUAUGAUAAAAAUGCUUGAGGGAUGAUAACGCCAAAGAUUUGAUGAGAUCUAAAACAAUUGAACAAAUUGAAGAAUGAAGACUGAAGGUUUAUCUGUAAUUACUUUAUUUUGCUCAACCCGUCAUUCUAUUUCCUGAUUGCAAAUUGUGAAGAAUAAACUUAUAAGGGAUGUCGCAGAGUCUCAAUGCGCGACAGCAUUUCUCACACGCGACUGUUUUGUUAAUUUUAAGAGAAAAAGAGAAACAGAAAGACACCCUUUUUUCUGUGUUAAAUUGCGUGUUUAUAAUAGAUUUACAGUGGGAGAGAAAUCGAUAGUGAUGUUUAAUUGACAUGAUUCUCGUAGAUUUAUUUUACACACUAUGAUAAACAGUGAGAUUAUGAGCCCAGCAGGUAAAUUUAAUUGUGGCAAAGUAUAUUUUUGUAAAUGGCCAAAAAGCUUCUCAUGUAUUUUUGUCGAUGAAUAAAGCGUUAAUGUUCUUUUGUGUAGUGCUUCUACAGAAC